AUGGCAACUGCAUUCUUGGCCACAUUCCGUAAGCUCAAAGAAGGGCCCGGCGCCAGGAAUUUGGCAAACUGGUAUCGCAACCAAAUGGGAUACCGACAAAUGGGAUUACGUUAUGACGACUUGAUACCCGACGAGACUGAGGUUGUGCAAGAAGCACUUCGUCGAUUGCCUCCAAAGGAAUUCCAAGAUCGACACUUCCGAUUCAAGAGAGCUUUUGCUCUGUCGAAUGCUCAAAACACAUUGGAUGCUGCUGAAUGGACUAAACCUGAAGAGGACGUUCCAUAUCUCAGACCACUGAUGCAACAAUUGGAAAACGAAAUGUCUUCAAAGGAAGCUUUCGAUCAAAUGGUCACCAUUCCUGCUGCCCUCAAGAAGAGAAACCGCUCCACAUAA